UUUCAAUACCUGUUAUAAUAAUAAACAUGUUUUUAAUUGCAAUCGUGUUUUAAAUCAUUAAUUAAUUUAUAAAUAAAACUCACUUUUCAUUAAACAUAAAAAUUAUGUCAUUUUUCAUCAGAAAAACCCGAAACCAAUCAAAAUCGACGCCAAAUAAGCGUAAAGGCCAAAACCAGACCACAAACCGGAAGAAUGAGGGGAAAGCCGGCGGCAGAAAGGCUGCGCUCAACAAGAAGUCGUUGAACGAAGAGAUCAGCAGCGGUUCCAGCGAUGAGGACGACGACCAGAGACAGGACAUCGGGUUAGACGAUAACACGGCUGCGGCCGCCGCUCGCCGUAAACGCAAACUCAAAGACUUGGCCGCAGCCGGAGAUGACGGCCAGAGGAAGGGUUCCGACGGCGAGGACAGCGACGCCGACGCGGAGACACCGCAGGAGAAACGGCUCCGUUUGGCGAAGAAGUACUUGGAGUCCAUCGAGACGGAGGAGCGGCUGAAGAACGACGGCUUAGAUGACGGAGACGUCGACUAUCAACGCCAAGUCGGCGACCGUUUGCGCGACGAUAUACUCGAAGAGACGGGACGUUUGCAUCGGAAAGUGGCCGACAAUUAUACCGCUGCCGAUACGGACGCGAUUCGGUGUCUCCGUAAUGGCCAUCAGUUGGCCGUAACGGCGGUUGUCGUCACAUCCGAUGAGAAGUACGUGUUUUCGGUGUCCAAAGACUGUUCAAUAGUGAAGUGGGAGUUCGAGUCGGGACGACGCGUGCGGACAAUACCGGGCCUGAAGUCGAAGAAAGCGAAAUCAAAGUCCAAAACAAAGGCACCGAACGGUACGGCAAAGACAGGUAAACAGCAGCCAGAGGUCGGCCACUCGGCGCACAUCUUAGCGCUGGCCAUAUCGAGUGACGACAAAUUUUUGGUCACCGGUUGCGUGAAUAAGAUAAUCAACGUCUGGGCGCCGGAGUCGAUGACACUGUUGAAGACAUUCCGCGGCCAUCGCGGCGCUGUCUCCGGACUCGCCUUUCGCAAGGGUUUCCAUCAGCUCUUCUCGGCCUCAUUUGACCGGUCGGUGAAAGUGUGGAAUUUGGACGAAAUGUCUUACGUGGAGACACUGUUCGGCCACUCGGAUCAGAUCCAAGCCAUCGACAGCUAUAUGCGCGACCGGGCGAUUACUGUCGGCGCCCGCGACGCCUCCGCCCGCAUCUGGAAGAUACCCGAAGAGUCGCAACUCGUUUUCCACGGCUCCCAACACUCGAUCGAUUGCGUCAAACUCUUGGACGAACAGCAUUUCAUUACCGCCGAUGACAACGGUUCAAUAAGUCUGUGGGGAGUACUGAAGAAGAAGCCGUUGUCCACGUAUGCCGUGGCCCACGGCGUGGGCUCUUCGGCGCCCAAUUGGGUGACAGCGUUGGCGGUGAUGAGGAAUACAGAUCUAAUCGCUUCCGGAUCAUCCGAUGGUUUGAUACGUCUGUGGAAGUGUUCGCAAGAUUUUCGCAAAUUAGAGCCAAUCGUAAACAUUCCUGUCGUGGGAUUUGUAAAUAGUCUAGAGUUCAGCCCAAACGGCAAGUGCUUAGUGGUAGGCGUGGGUAAAGAGCACCGGUUGGGCCGUUGGUUCGCCAUAAAGGAGGCCAAGAAUAAUGUUUUAAUUAUACCGCUUAUAAUUAAAUGAAUUAAAUCUUAUUAUAAUUACUAUUAAAUCUAAUAUUAAAUAAAUGUCAAAAUUAAUUUACUUUUUCUAUGGAAAAAA